CCUCAAUAAGUUCUGCCAAAUAUCCCAUUGCAGCUCCACUCCGAGAUGUAGCAUCAAAUCGGGGCAGGUUCAAGUUGUUUUGCGGGGUAGUUCGUAAGUAUAGUCGGUGUCAACUAGGGUUCGCUCCGACUUCCACAAAAAUAUCAUCCCAGCGAUUCAAACAUCGAUGAAACACUCAAACACACCACUGACAGUGUCCAUAUAUAGACGAAACAAUACCCCGAGUUUACAAAACUUUCUACUGAUGUAGCAUUCAAGCCUUUCUAUUUGAAUGUCAUUAUACUCUAGUUGCUACGAGAAGAUUUCAUCAUCUCUCACAAUUCCAAUGUCACGAUGCUCGUCGGGCAAUCCACCGCAGAGUACGUUUUUGUGAAACUGAUCAUCUAUGUCUUCAGCUAUCUGGGCUUGAUAUGCCUCGCGUACUUUUUUCUAGCGGCUUCCAUCGGCGGCGAAACAUGGAUCGCGCACCCCUUCUCCAUUGCCGUCGAAACUAUCGGCGCCAUCGAGAUCCUCUUUUAUCUCUUCUGGUUUCUGCCAUACCGAUACUACCUCCACAAGCAGCCACCGAAAUUUCCAGCGCCAUUGAAUCGCGAUGGACGGCGGGAACUGUUCAGCAAAAGUCUCGGAGUUACACCGGAUAUCGAGCUUUUUUUUCGAGGGUGGAUGGGCGGAGCAAGUCUGGAUGACAUGAGAAGGGAAAAUCUCAAAGAAUGGAUGUUGUGGUCAUUGUUCGAUAGAGAGGGUCCACCCGGUGUAGAUGAGGAGGAAUUAGAAGAGUAUGUAAGGGUGGUGGAAGAGCGACUGGGGAGGAAGAUUCGUCCUGGGUGGGGACCGGUGGAAAGCUUGCGGUUGAACCUCCAACGAUUUGCUGUGUCGCAUCGGAGUUUGGUUUUCUACCUCAUGAUCGGCACCAUUGAUUUAUUCUCCUCCUUAACACUCCUAGUGAUGGGGUUCACAUUAUACCGCCAACCACGAUCUCAAUUCUUCCGUUCUUUCCCAUUCCGCCCACUCACUCUCCUUGCACCAAAGGAAUCCGCCGCCCAAAAUCUCUCUUACUUCUACCGUCCCCACACCUCCAAGACACACCGCCCCAUAGUCUUCGCCCAUGGUGUAGGGAUCGGACUAGCAAUCUACAUUCCGCUGUUUCUCCUUCUGCCAAAGGACAUUGGCAUCCUCGCGCUCGAAGUCCUCCCCGUUUCAUCGCGCAUUACAGCCGGCGCGCCCCUCGCAGAAGACCUAAUGAACGACGCCGGCGCCAUCAUCGCGCAGCAAGACCUCACCAAUUUUGUGUUCGUAGGAAACUCAUACGGGACGUUUCUCGCGAAGCUGUUCUUGGAUUCUCCAUUACUCUCCUCUCGCAUGGCGAAGAUGGUCCUGAUAGACCCUGUAGCUGUACUUCUGCACCUCCCGGAUCUAGCAUACAAUUUUGCACGGAAGAAACCGGUGGAACCGAAUGAGUGGCAGAUGUGGUGGGGUGCAGAGACGGAGCCGGAUAUCGCGUUUACGUUUGCGAGGAGGUUGUGUUGGCGCAGUCACGUGCUUUGGCGCGAGGAUUUGGGCAAGUGUGCGACUACGCUUGUGCUUGGUGGAAGUGAUUGUCUGGUUAAUGCGGCGGCGAUUGCUACGUAUGUUACGAGGGGAAAGGAAGAGGAAGAAGCAGGUGGGGAAUUAUGCUGGAGUUGGGGCGAUCUGGAGAGGUGGAAGGGCAGUUUUGAAGGGUGGGUUGGGAAAGGACUAGAGUUGGUUUGGUUCGAAGGGUUCGAUCAUGGGCAGGCUAUUCUAGGAAACAAGAAGUUGAAGGAUAUUGUAAGUAUCGUUGAGCGUUACUGUAGAAAAGAAGGUGGAAAGAGAGUGGAAAGUGGGAUAUCCGAAGAGGGCAUGGCAGAGCCAGAACCUCAACUCGGCGAGUCCGAGGCAGUAAAAAAGGAAGAACUUAACUGA